AUUUUUCUCCAUUGACAUGCCAGAAGAGCAUCCAUCUAGGAUUGCCUUCACUCAAUAUACAUCACCGAUUACUGCGGUUAAAUCAGCUGCACCAAGUGUUCACCAACUGGCAAUAUCGCGCAAUGCUAAUUCAGUCUCCAGCACCAUACCUUCUGCAAAAGAACUGCAAAAGAUUAAGUUAGAAUUAGAACGACUGCUACCCACAUCCGAAGCACGAAUCAAACAAUUGCGAUCGGAUCUCCAUGCUAUUGAAAAGUCGACUAGAGCCAGGAAAGGUGGAAAGCAGUCUAAAGGUAAACAUAUGGCAGAUCGUCAUGCAAGAUCCAAAGGCAGUGAAUCGGAUAAAGUCAGACAGGAUCGCGAUCGGGAUCGAGAAACACGUAGAGACUCUUCAACUGAACAAGAACAAGAUAAGGGAAAUAAAAAGCGCCUUCCGAAUCAAAUCCGAAGCUCCUCACUAGCCAGAGAGAAAAGUACUGGCGAUAGGGAGAAGUCCGCAAGUACUGAUGAAGUAGAUAGCGACGCUGGACAUAGCAAAAACCAAGAAUCAUACUCAGAAGAUGAAAUUGAUAUCAAGAAAGAGAGUACAGGACAUGAUAUAAAGGAAGAGUCGCCAAAUUCACCAAAUCUAUCCUCUCCCAGCAAGAAGCGGAAAUGGAAUGAAGAUAGUGCAGGGGCAGAUGAUAAGAUACACGGAUUAUCAAGAGCGAAAUCUCAACGAGAAAACUCUCCAUCACAAAGUCUACUAUCGUCAACAUUAUUAAAAAAUGCAGAAAGGACAUCUGAACUGAAGGAGCAUCGUUCGGCAUCGGCAAGUGUUCAUGAAAACAAUAUUGCCAAGUCUAUUGUAUCUACUCCAGGAAGAGGAACACCACCUGUCAAAGUUCAAGAGCGAGCACAAUCAGCGCCAGUCAAUGCACACAGAUUGGAUGCUGAUCCCAAUUACUUGCAAAAAAUGCGAAAGAAAGAAAGCGGAAAACCAAAGUACUCUGAGCCCGAUUUCGUCAGAGUCAAAGCAAAAGACCAAGUACCAAUACAAAACUUUUGGGCGGCGGUUGAGGGAUAUUUCAACCCAUUGACAGAGGAGGACCGCAGAUUUUUAAUGGCAAAGGAGGAUGACCCUGAUUUUCAUGUUAUACCUCCACUUGGUCGCCAUUAUCUUGAAACUUGGGUAGAGAAUGAACAGUCCUUAGUCCCAUCGCUCAAUUCACCUCGUUCACCCGCUUAUUUCUCACCGUCACGGCAUAAUAUUCGCGAUCUUCAUUUGGACAGAAAUGAACAGUUCCAUUAUAUAUACCCAGAGAAAUCUCUGACAGACCAGCAACUGUUAUUCGAAGAUCUAAGCUGCGGAGCAUUAACCGAGCGACUGAUCAGCAGUAUGAUAAAGGAAGAUCCAGCGCCAGACACAUUGGAGUCUGCAGAGGUGGAUGAUAGCAGCACUGAAGGAGGACAAAAUGACACCUUUGACAAUAUCGAUGACUUAGAUGGAGAAAGUUGGUCUGAUAUUACAGAACACCAACCAGAAGAACUUACACAAUUUGAAGAGAAGCUACAACGAGAAUUACGAUAUAUUGGACUGCUUGGUGAUGAUGAGUUUGAUUUGUCAAACCGUGAGGACGACGAAGUUUGUGCUGAGCUUCGUAAGCUUUCACGAGAACUCAAGGAGCAGCUGAAAUUAAAUAAUGAACGAAAAGCUCGACUUGCAGCUGUAGUGGAGAAACAACUCCAAUUUGAACAAUAUCAGCAAGUUUUGGACAUGCUCGAUUCUCAAGUUGAUCAAAUUUAUGUCAAGCAUCACCGCGCGCAGAAAUCAAAAUCGAAGCGCAAACUCACUACAGCUAUGAAAAACCUGCCAGAAGGGGGAAGUUGGGCAAUACAACGACGAAAGCUUUGGGUUGAUUCAAUUGGCGCAAUUUUUAGAAAUCGCUCUAUUAUCAUGCCUGAAGAAUCCAUCUACACUGGACUACCUGCUUCCAUUUCAGACGAAAAACCAAUCGACAUAGCGAAUAGAAUUCUAGACUCGGGUAAUUCGAAGUCAUCCUCCCAAACCCCAAAACCCAUCAAAUGAUUUUUUGAAAACCUCACUAGCCUUUACUACAACCGUCCUGUUUCUUCAAGGUCGAAAGCUGAUUUCAGCGCACUUCGAUUUUAACCCUUUGUACAUAUUGACAAUACAGUGGAGCUGGAUUUG